CGUGAAUACCCGACCGAGCCCACUGUUUCCAUUCAAUAUCCGCUGAUCACAACAGGUUUUCCUGUGUAACUGUAAGCACCUGCAUCAUCGUCCCAGGAGCCACUGGUUUUGUCUUUUCAGUACCCAUGGCGAACCGGGAACACUUCUACUUCUACGCGCCAACGUGGGAUUAUCCCCCAGGCGGCCCGAUCAAGCUCGGCAACGUCAUCACGUCGGUGAAGAAGCCGCAUCUACCCCUCUCCUGCGCCGCGCCGGAAGACUCCGAACUCCUGCGAACGGAGAAAAAGAGUGUUCAGUACACCAAGGAGAAGUUGCGGAGCGGGAGGUUUUCCGUCCUGACCAAAUUCUUAAGCGUGCUUGGCUUCGGGGUGGAUAUCGGUGCCGAGAUUGAUAACAGUGACGAGGAGACCUUCGCCUUUGAUACCCUUGAAACUACCCAGUUCAUCCCGACAACAGCCUAUUUACAAACAUGCAUCGAUUCUGACAACGUGCGUCGGUUUCUCCAAAACUCACGCUACCGCAAGCCCGUCUAUGUCAUCACCGGCAUCAAGGCCGUCAACGGGGCCGAGGCGAACACCUCAAAGUCUCGCGCCGUAGGCGGCACGUUCGCGGUCGAAGUCGACGGCACCCUCCUCAGCGGGGGCGCCGUUCCCAUCGGGGGCGGUCCCGGGAUAGAAGGCAAGGUGGCCAACAGUACCGGGACAAGCUGGGCAGGCAGCAGCGACUUUGUGUUUGCGUUCCGCGUGAGCAAGGUCUUUGUGGGCAAGGCGACGGGCCAAGUGGCGAGCGAAGAGGAGUAUCGCAAGGGGGCGAUGCUCGGCGAUGAGGUUGGCGAGGUGAGACGUCCGCAGCUGGCUGUCUCAAAGGUGGAAGAGCCGAAAGCGGAGGCCGAGGACUGUGACACGGAGGAGCUGAUGGAUGAUGGGGAGAUUGUGUUUUGUGCCAUUCCCAGGAGGGACGAAGAUGAUGACUGAGCUAGAAUCUGCCCAACAGCACUUGGUUUCAUAGAUGGGAUAAAUAAAGCAGUAUGGACUUUUGAGACGU